UGAAUAAUACAGCCAAAUAAAAUAAAUUGGAUUGGAUGUUUUGAAUGGAAUUUUUUUAAUGUAUAAUAAUUUAUGUGUUUUCAUGAUUUAGAAGACAAAAUAGUGCAAAAUUACCACAAUGUCUGCUUUUAAAGCGUUACAAAAUGUGUGCCUUAACUUCGAAAGUGAGUUACGACAAGUUUCACAAGAGUUAUACUCUGCUAAAAUUGGAGAUACUUUCGAAGACAGCAUUACAAAGAAAUUACAAGACUUAUCGCUGUUUUCAGCGAAACUAAAACUUUUACGUGCUAAACCUCUAUCCUUAACACCGCAAAUAACUGAGCAGCCUAAAUCACAGCAGACACUAAAGGAAUAUGGAGAUAGGGCAGCAGCUAAAGUGCUCGAGCAGGUUUUAGUGAAGACUCUCACGCACACACAUGCUGUUAAAAAACUGGUCACCACACCUGAUGAUAGGUUGGAUCCGGAAAUGUUGGAGAGGAAGGGGAAACUACUUGCAGCACUUUCAGAGUAUGGAACAACAGAGACACAAUUACGUCACAUGGAGACUGUCCUCAAAGAGAAGGAAGAGGAGUAUCUGUUGGUGAGAGAUCAGUGGGACAAGGAACUGACGGACCUCAGGGACAUGAGGGAAGAGGCAGAUGAUGAUGAGGAGAUGGACACCGGACCUUUGUAUCCGCGGAUGCACAAAUUAUUAGAGAAGUUGGAGCUGAUGCGGUGGAUGCUGGGACGGCUGGUGACGACGCGCGGCCGGCGGGACUGGCUCGCCGAGCCGCGGCGGGCUCUCGACGCGCUCAAACUGGCCAGGGUUGCCAAUACCCUAGAGAUGUUCACGCAAUGAUCAAGGACGUAGCGCUAGGGCCGUGCGGUGUAGUGCAAGCCCCUGGGAGCUCCCCGGAACCCUAAGCAGGGGCAUUAUUUUCCACAGUAUCGUAACUUGCCAUAUAGGUGCCCUAUAUGUAAAUUUGUUUGGGGGACUUCAGGGCAGUGCGAACUUUUGGGCGCUUGCUUAGUUUAAUGUAGGUAUGCGCCAAGAUGGCCCCUUUAUUACUGACAUGGCUGAUACGGCUGUAGCUAUGCCCUUGAUUCUCCAUGAAAGUGUAAAUGCGUAAUGCGGCGGGCUUACGAUAUCUCUGUGAUUACAUCUGGACACUUUUUAAAAUCCCUACUGGAGGCCCUCCGGACACCGUUCAUACUAGGACAAUGUGAUGUUUUUGUAUGAACAUAAAGCAGAUUUGGUUUGUAAUAAUUUAUUAGUGAAGACCGACAUUAUUCUCGGCAGCCAACCAUCCGAAGUAUAUCCAUUUCUCAUAUUGGCACACUUGCUAAGGCUGAUUGCAUACAUGACAAAGUUAUUAGAAUAAGGAGUGGUUUACAAUAUCACAGACAAAUCCGGGGAAUUCGGGACGUAUGGCAGCCCUAGGUAAGAAGGGACGAGGAAAACAUCCUCUUUUCCUCUGCCAUAUUCUAGGAAUUUUCUUUCUCUUUCUCCUUUCCUUAUCAGAGCUAGUAAGGCUAAAUACAGCAGCCCAGCAAGAAAGCAGGCGUGAGAAAGCUGAAGAGUAAGGUGCAAAGAGAAUUAUAAUAUAGUAGCUUUUGUUCGCGGCUUCGCCCGCGUGAAGGAUUUACCGGGAUACGUAUUUUUUCAGACUUACUUGAUAUGUAUUGUUAUAUUAUGACCAAAUUACACAAAAUCAUUAUAAAUUGUAGCCUAUGUGUUAUUCUGAUGUAUAACCAAUAUUACUGUAAAGUUUCAUCCAAGUCCGUUCAGUAGUUUUUUCGUGAAAGAGGAACAAACAUACAAAGAUCCUCACAAACUUUCGCAUUUAUUAUAUUAGUAGGAUAAGGAAAGUAUGGUGUGAAUAAAACAAUGUUAACUGUAAUUUUGUUUAUUAAAUAAUAAAUAAACAUCGUUUUAUUUCUA